UCAAAAAAAAAAAAUUCAGCUUAAAUGUAUCAUUUAUGUUGGAAAUGAUCUAAUAGCGAGUUAUUUUUUGUAACUAAUCUGCAAUUUUCACAUGGACUCAGCACCACUUUUAUUAGUAUUAUCUAACUAAUAAAAUAUUUUUAAAAGAAACAUAAUUUCAGACAAAAUAUUUCAUGAGGAGAAUUUUGGAACAAAAAUAGACAUUUUCCAGAAGGAAGUUUUCUUUAACCUUCAAACUGGGUAAAAAACUAGCAUGGAUCCUAAUGGCUCUGAACAAGUUCCUGAGAUAAAGGAGUACUCUUCUGUCUGUGUUGGCAGAGAAGAUGACAUUAAAAAAUCUGAACGAAUGACAGCUGUUGUCCAUGACAGAGAAGUUGUUAUUUUCUACCACAAAGGAGAAUAUCAUGCUAUGGAUAUUCGCUGUUAUCAUUCAGGAGGACCUUUGCAUUUGGGAGAAAUAGAGGACUUUGAUGGACGACCAUGUAUAGUUUGCCCUUGGCAUAAAUACAAAAUCACUUUGUCAACAGGCGAAGGACUAUAUCAAUCUAUAAAUCCUAGAGAUCCAUCAUCAAAACCCAAGUGGUGCUCCAAGGGGAUAAAGCAAAGGAUUCAUACAGUGACUGUGGACAGUGGGAAUAUUUAUGUAACUCUCUCUCAUGAACCUUUUAAGUGUGACUCUGAUUAUUAUGCCACUGGAAACUUUAAAGUAAUUCGGAGUUCUUCAUGAUAAAAUUAUAUGACAAAGACUAAUGUUAUAUGUGUUUAAAAAUAUUUUUAGGAUAAUCUCGUUAAAAUGCCAAAGAUGAUUUCUUUUCUAAUAAAGCCAUAUUUGCUACUGA